CGACUCGUCUCCUCCUCUCUCUUCUCCCCCAAGCCAAGACGACACACUCCCCCCACCUUCUUGCGCCACAAGCCGAAGCCGCCGGAAUCCUCGACGAGACGCCCCGCCGCCGCCGCCGCCGCCGGCGACGCCCCCCCUCACCCCCCGCAGGCAUCGGAGAAAUAUAAUAUAAAUACAGUUAAGGGGUUGAAGCAACUUCACAAUGAGUAGCAUAGGGACUGGUUAUGAUCUUUCCGUCACCACCUUCUCCCCAGAUGGCCGUGUCUUCCAGGUUGAGUAUGCUGGCAAGGCCGUCGACAACAGCGGGACUGUUGUUGGCAUCAAAUGCAAAGAUGGGAUUGUCCUUGGUGUGGAGAAGCUGGUAACAUCAAAGAUGAUUUUGAAGGGGUCGAAUCGGAGACUCCACUCUGUGCACCGACACUCUGGCUUGGCUGUUGCUGGUUUAGCUGCGGAUGGUAGGCAGAUAGUCUCUAGGGCAAAGUCAGAGGCAGCCAGUUAUGAAAAGGUGUAUGGAGAACCCAUGCCUGUAAAGGAAUUGGCUGAUCGUGUAGCUAGCUAUGUACAUUUAUGUACCCUCUACUGGUGGCUCAGGCCUUUUGGCUGUGGAGUUAUUCUUGGAGGUUAUGAUAGGGAUGGGCCACAACUCUACAUGAUCGAACCUUCGGGGCUCUCCUAUAAAUACUUCGGUGCUGCCCUGGGGAAAGGAAGACAGGCUGCAAAAACGGAGAUAGAGAAACUGAAUCUUUCUGAGCUUACAUGCAGAGAAGGCAUUGUUGAGGUUGCAAAGAUAAUCUAUGGAGUGCAUGACGAAGCUAAAGACAAAGACUUUGAACUGGAGCUGAGCUGGGUAUGCGAUGAAUCAAAGCGCCAGCAUGAGAAGGUUCCAGACGACCUCGUGGAGCAGGCGAAGGCAGCCGCCCAGGCAGCGCUCGAGGAGAUGGACGCAGACUAGAAACCGCCGAUCAUGAUGCUCUAGAAUCAUAUCUCCAUUACUCGAUGCUAGACCGAUCGAUCAUCUAUAACCAUAUCACUACAUUGUGUAACAGACUUGAGGCAGCUCGUCAGUUUCAUUUCAACGUAGAACCACCUCAAGAAAAGAAUGUUGUACUAUGCAGCUCGAUCGCUGUCACAUAUUGUUUGCUCCUGAUUUAUGACGAACCACACUCCUUGCUGUUUGCUCAACCUUUAUACUUGAUAUAGAUAGUUAUAUACUGCCCCCGUUCUCAAA